UGUGAUGCGACUGUUAAACUUUUCCCCUGUUGCUCGUGCCGUGUGAUAGACCGUUGCCCGGCCUGGCCGUUAUACUGCUGUAGUGACUAUCUGCUACAGUGAACUUGGAGACUGUGCGGACCAUGUGCUGCUCCGGAGAAAGCUGACAGACCGAUGAGAUAAAUCUCACUUAGACAUGACCAACAACAAACCCAAAGUAGAGGGCCGGAGCGAUGAAGCCGAGGGUCCGGAUGGAGGCUGGGGCUGGGUGCUGGUCGGCGCCCUGUUCGUCAGCACAAGCCUCGUGUUCGGCCUGAUGCGUAGCUUGGGGAUCUUCUUUGUGGAGUUUGUCCAGUACUUUGAGGAGAGCGCUCAGGCCAUCUCCUGGAUCUCAUCCACGGGCCUGGCAGCACAGCAGUUCUUCAGUCCGCUGGGUGCAGCACUAUGUAACGCAUAUGAUGCUCGGGUGGUGGUGAUGACAGGAGGCGUUCUCGCUGGACUCGGCCUCAUACUUGCCUCGCAGGCCACCUGUCUUGUUCACCUCUACCUCACCAUGGGUCUUAUUUCCGGUUUGGGCUGGGGGCUGAUCUUUACUCCCAUGGUAGCUACAGUCAUGGCUCACUUCACUCGCCGGCGCACCCUGGUGUUGGGACUGGGGUUCUCCAGCAUCGGCCUGUCCUCCUUCGCAUUCAACCCGCUCUUCCAGCUGCUGGUGGAGAUGUACGCCUGGCGAGGGGCCCUUCUGAUUCUGGGGGGUCUCAGCCUCAAUAUUGUAGCCUGCGGGGCUCUCAUCCACCCUCAGCGGCACUCUAAAGCCCCAGCAAAGGUGGAUUCAGCGAGCAGGUCAUCGUGUGCUUCAGUGCUGAAUCGAGUCUCCUCCUACCUGGAGCUGUCGCUGCUCCUCGAGAGGCCUUACAUCACCUACACGUUGGCCGUCACUCUUCUUAACGUCGGCUACUUUGUGCCGUAUUUCCACCUGGUGGCCCACAGCCGCCAAGCUGGCUUCUCAGAGUACCAAGCUGCUUUUGUCAUGUCAGCUGCCGGUGUUACAGACAUUUUUGGCCGCGUAGUGUCAGGAUGGUUCUCAGACCUACGUCACUUUCGGCUGAUUCAUUUACUGACCAUGUGGACAACUCUGGCAGGAGUGUUCAUCAUGUUGCUGCCUGUGAGCUCCUUGUCGGGUUCCUACACUGCACUGAUUGGGAUCAGCCUCCUCUACGGCUUUUGCUCCGGGGCGUUGACCUCUCUGGUGUUCGCGGUGGUGCCCAAGAUUGUGGGUGUGGAGCGCAUGAUGGGGGGCCUCGGGCUGCUGCAGCUCAUCGAGAGCGGCGCAGGACUGCUUGGGACACCUAUGUCAGGGUUGCUCAAGGAUAUCACAGGAAACUACAUCGCUUCCUUCAUGGUAGCAGGCAGUUUCGUCAUUCUCAGUACUUUGACCAUGGCCACCCUGCCUCACUACUUCUCCUGCACAGACCCACUGCCCCUUCAAAGACGUUCACUUGAUGACAAAGAUGAGGGUUUACAUUCAGAGUUGAAACUGAUGAAUAGUGUGUCUUCUGACAAGAAUCACAAAGGCGUCAAUGAUCUGACAGAUGAAGUAACCAAAUAUCCGCAAGACUGUGUAGGUUAAGGGUUCAAGAGCCUUGUGGAUACUCUUCAGUUGAGCCAAUACAACGAUGGCGCCUAACUGAAAACACCAUCGUGCUGCUCCAUGUGUUUGCAUUAUACCUCAGAGAUUGAGACCCAAAGAAGAAUGCUUACUGUGAAAACUGUUAGUUCCUCAUUUUGUUAGUUUAAUGCUUGCUUAGCAAUGCUUAGUAAACACUGAAACACAUACAGAUGUGAGGUUGCUUUACAUGCACAGUAGGAUGGCAUGCAAAAUAGGAAAUAUGAAAGAUAAUGUCAAAUGUUUUAUUAUUACACUUUGCAUACUUGACAAGGAAACGGAAUCUUUUAUUUUUUUUAUUUUCCUAGUUCAUGUGAAUGUAAAAUGAAUGUGAUUCUGUUCAGUUAAAUUUUGCACAUACAUGAAUAAUCCUCACUAUCCUCAUUUAAUUUAUAUUCAGCGGAUCAGCAUGGCUGGAUUAAUUCACUAUUGACCCCCCUGCCCCUUCUGCUGUCUGUGCAUUGUGUAUGUCCAUCUCUAUACAGUAUAACGGUGAGUACAUACUACGGCUACACAUGACAUUAUGUGUAUAGUACUGCUUGUUUACUCUGUAAACAGCCGCUCUACAAGACAGAGCCUCAGGUAAUGAAAAUAAGUUCUUCAGUAUUUCUGCUUUUGUUAUGCCUAUUGGUGUAUUUUCCGAAUAGCAAAUGAUUGUUGGUCUUUACACUGUGUAAUUUGUGGAUAUAGAUUUAUGAGUUAAAGAAAGUGAAUUUCUUAAUGAUUAGCAGCUCCACUCUGUGUUAUGAGCACAACAAUAGCUCUAAAAGAAUUGCAGACACCAGCACAAUUUCCAGCAACUCUAUUUUCAGCCUCAGGACUUUCCAUCAGUGCAAUGUGUUGCUGGGAAGGGACACAACACUUGCUACUCAAGUGCAUUUUCAGAUGAUACAAUCAUUGCUUGCAUAAGCACUUCGUACUUUUUGUAAAUCACAGAUAUUUGGCUUUGACAACAGCUGAAUCAACACCCGGUUCACAGGACAGAGACAACCGGGUCACAGUGACCUGCUGGCUGCAUUUCAAUGCAAAAGGCAUGUGACUUAUGAGUGUGUCACUCCAUCGCACAGGCAGCUACUGAAUAGUGGAGCUUCCGUAAUGGUUGAAAGGUGGAAUAUGUUCGUCUUAACCAGCUACAUACAGUAUUUCCUGGCAGUCUGUGAUUCAAAGCUGGGACCCUCGAUAAAAAUACUCGUCUUGAAAAUACCGCUCAAACAUCCAGCCUGCAACCUGACAUCUAUUAUGUUUUUAUUGUGAUAUUUUGUACUCCCUCUUGAUUAAAAAAAACUAUGUAUUUUG